GUUCGCUGCAGCCAGAAGGCCCGGAGCCGCCCAGGAAUUUGGGCUGGGACUGCCCGCGUUUCCUCCCUGGCGGGUCUGGCGCGAUCCCGGGCAGGGCGGCGGCGCGCGGACGCGGCGCUCGCUCGGCCCCCGGCACCAUGCGGCCCCUGCUCUGCGCGCUGGCCGGGCUCGCCCUGCUCCGCGCCGCGGGCGCCUUCGCCGCUGCUGAGCCCUUCAUCCCGUCCCGAGAAGAUCCAGCUUGGAGCACAGGGUGUGACAGACACAUGACUGUCCACAGUCGUUUAGACAUCAUAGAGGAGACGGUGGAGAAGACGGUGGAGCACCUGGAGGUUGAAGUGAAAGGUCUGCUGGGUCAGCUGGAGGAGCUGGCCCGGAACCUGCCCCCGGGGCCCCUCAGCCCGGCCGCGGACCUGCUCGGAGACGAUCGCAUUUGAGCACGGGAGCUGGGGUUGCCCAGCAGCUGGAAGUUACUCACCUGUCAGCAGCUCUCCUUUGAGAACAGGGCCGCGCGUUCUGACAUUCCCUCUUCAGCUUGUGCAAAACCAAAGCUACUCCUUCGACCCCCGCCGUGUCUGAGCGUGACCUAUAGCCACAGCCCCUUCUCUGUCUACUCCCAUGCCGCCAUGCCCCCAGCCCUCCGACCCCCGCAGGCUCAGACCUGGGAGCCCCCAGAUGGUGUGUGCUUCUGCCCUCCUUUUUUAUGGGGCGGCCAGAAAGGGGGUUGGUUCACAGAGGGAAGGCACCUUGGGUCCUGGAUUGUAAGGUGACACUGCAGAAGCGCCCUGGGAGCAGCCUUUCUACUAAAAAUGUGGCCAUAAAUGAACAGCAGUGGGCAUCUCCUAGGAGCUUGUCAGAAAUGUGUAAUUUUGGGCCCCACCCAGACCUACUACAUUUUAAUUAGAUCCUCAGGGGUUUUGUGUGCACAUUGUUUUAAAUUUUUCUACUAAAGCAAAAUUCACAAAAACCCCAAAUUGUAAGCAUUAAACCGUACAAAUUCAGUGGCUUCAGCGUUGUGCAAUCAUCCCCACUAAUUCCAGAACAUUGUCAUCACCCCAAAAAGAAACCCAUACCUACGAAGCAGUUACUUCCCAUCCCCGCCCCCCACCCUGCAACCCUCCAUCCCUUGGAAA